ACUUGUAACAAAAAAAUAUACAUUUGCAGAAGUCACACAAUAUUGUUGAAAUCUAAAUCUUCUAAAUUUUCAAAUUCUGCUACGCUAUAAAAGGCAUGUUUAAUUAAUACACAUUUAAGAAUUUUCCUAAGACUUAGGAUUGAUAAUUUUCUUAUACUUACAGGUAAUUUAUUAAAAAGUAUGUCAGAAGUGUUGUAUAUUGUCCCCGGUAAUCGACCGUUUACAGACUUAUCAGCGACCCUGUAUAAUACUGAUGUUCAUAAAUCAAACAAUCAUUAUUUUUCUUGUGAGAAUUACGUACGUGUAGGUACAUAAAAACAAAAAUUUGCUGAUAUACAAGAAGUCAGGUUAAAAAAAACUGAUUCAAGAAAUUUAAAAAAAGCCAAAGAGAAAUUUUGGAAAUUUACCAAAGCCGACCAAGUGAAUUUCUGAAGAAUUUAAAGAACUGGAAGAAUUGUAAGAAACGGAAGAAUCUGAUUAACUUGAAAUGACUGAUCCAAAAAGGCGGUAACAAAUCUAAGGAAUUUCAACAAACCAAAAAAUUAAGAGAACGAAGUGACGAAUGGAAAAGAUUCAAAGAAAUGGAAAGUGUUGAAGAAUUCGAAUGAUGAAUUUGAAUACACUGAUAAAACGAACCAAUCAGGAAAUUGGAAAGUUUGUGGUAAAAGUGAAAGUGAAAGGCGACUUUCACACCACCAACCAAUCAUAGAGCGCGCAGCCCUUAGUGUGAAUCUCGUUAGAAAGUAUAAAACCUUUUCCACCCCGCACCUUUCAUCAAUUGCAGUUGUGUAGUGGUGCAGAAUGUUUUCGUUAAUAGCCUUCUCGUUACCCGCCCUCUGUGUGCUUCCAGUGGAAAUGUUGGCUGAAAUUUUUCGAUAUUUGGACGACAAGUCGUUGUUGAAUGCAGCUUUGGCUAGCAAGUACUUUAUGAAGAUCUGCAAAGGAGAUCCAGUUUUGCGGCGCAGAAUUAGAAAGCGCAUUGUAGAAGAGAAGAAAAUAUGGAGGGAGAUAGUUACUAAUGCAAGAAUGGGAGUCGACGUUAUACGUGAAGAAACCUCUCAACCGUUUGCUAGAAAUGUUAAAAAGGUCGUUGAAAUACGCCCGUUGCAUUUUAGAAGACCUGCUGAACAGGAAACUUUAAAGGCGGUGCCAUUUGAGCUCGGAGUUGUCGGUUGCAGACGCAAUGGUGGAGGAAAGCUAAGAGUCAAGAAAAAUCACAAAGUUCGUGCUGAACCUUACAAUGCUAUUAGAUGUUAAUGCAAUUUGCCUUUCAUUUUGUAACCAUAGUAGAUAUUACUGCACUAUCGGAAUUGUUUAUAAAUAUGUUGACAAAAAUGUAAAGUUUGCUAUAAAUAAAUUAUAAAUAUCA